AAGGUGGUGGCGCCAUGUAUGUGACCGAGGCCGCCGCCGGUCAGCAGGAGCUGACCGUGCAAAUCGACAUUAGCAUGCCACACCUGGCGCAGAACGACCUGAGCUACCCUGGCGCCAACAACAAACGCUUCAGCAAACGCAGCAACCUUCAGGGCGAGAAGCGCCAGAGCGUCUAUCACAAAAGGUGCACCCUGGAGGAACUGCUCGAACCGGCCCUGUCGCCGUCCAACAGCCAGGGCUCAGGGUCGCAGGGUCAGGGCUCGAAGAAACCCUUCAUCACGGUGGUCAAAAGUGGCAAAUUCCUGGACCCACCUGAGAAGACCAACUACUACCUGAAGAACAGCCACGGCGGCUCUCAGGUGCUGGUCUACUCGUACUGCAGCAGGCCCAGGGUCAUGCAACCGGCGGUCAAAGUCAGGUCAAAGGAGAACCUCAAGUUCGCCAAUAAUAACAACAACAGCAGUCUGAACAAUUUCAAUUACUACCAAGCAAACAACAAAACCUUUUUGCAGACAAACGAAAAUAGUUUGCGCAGCAAAAGAUCCAUCAUCAGCAACGAAUCCAAUCAGCAGGACGGCGGACCCAACCCCUACGGCAACAUCAUGUACGACAAGAGGGUGGUCAGAGGCUCCAACUUCACGCAGCACCCCACACAGACCGAUGAUCAACUAUCGAUCAAUUCUUACACGCAGCAUCAACCCAAAUGGAACCCAUACUUUGGGUACGCCAAAUUAUUAUCCCAACCACAGCCUGCUGAGCGACUGGAGGAAUCUCGAAGGCGGGCUGCGGCCAGGAGAAGGGUGCGGCCUUCCAAGGCUUUCAGAAAGUUGGGCACACCGCCCCCUGUGGAUGGCAGACACCAUACCAACAUACAGACUGACCUUAAUCUAGAAGAGAUAAUUGAAAGACCAAGGGAGCUCGAAGCCUCUUGCCAAACAGAAUCGGCCUGGGAAAGACCCAGAUCUCCCCCAUACGUGCCAAUCAAGCACGGAACUGACCAAUACACGCAAGUUUGGCCCGGCGAGCUGUUUGACUUUGAGAACGACAGCCAGCCCGUGGUGGGCGGCGUGGUGGGUCGUGCCCUGGAACAGGCGCUCUCCGAGGUGCUGCAGGAGGAGGAGGUCGCGGCUCUCAGGGCCCAGCAGCGUCGCCUCCACGAACUUCGCCUCGCCGAAUGGGCCGAGGCGCGUCGGGUGCAGGAGCGCGAGUUCCGUCUGCAGAAGGAGAAGGAGGUGCGCACCAUGGAGCAGGAACAGGCCUACCAAGAGCAGAAAAAGGCUGAGGAACGGGCCGCCGCUCUAGCCCUGAGCCAGGCCAUGCUGGAGGAACUUCUGCCCUCGGUGCUCGAGGGUUUGGCAGAGGCUGGCCAAAUUCCUGCACCCGUGCAGAAAGAGGUUGAGACUGGUACUGGUGUGAUGCCUUGGUUGGUUGAGGAGGUGGCUCAGGAAAUGAAGACGAUGAUCACGAGUCGGCACGUGAUUUCAGAUAUUGUGAAAGAAGUGCUUGAAACUCGCGCUGAGCUCCGGCGAGCUCUCGGUGACGAGGUGGACGAAGAGGAGCAGCCAAAAUCUGGUGAUGACGACGACGAAGAAAACAGCUAGAAGUGUUCUUUGACAUCGCGGGGGCGAAACGAGACAUCUCUAUCUUCAUCUAACUCUCUAUUAGGACCACUAGCGCGUAAACCAUUAAAAAAAUUUUCUCUGAGGUACAACUACUACUAUAACUUGCCACGACAGUAAAGGACCAAAAUCUCUCUUCACUCAUUUGAUUGCAAUUUAGAAGUUCCAUUAAAUUGCCCACACAUUAAACGUUCGAUUCAACAGAAACACUAUAUAUAAUCUCUAAAAUAACAAAGCAUAUCAAUUUUUUUAAUUGAAAAAAAAAAUAAUUAAGCAGAAAUAAGAUCUUUGUUAAACGUGUAUUUUUAUAGACUAGAUUAUUUUAGAAUUUAUCAACUGGAUUAAUUUUAAUGAUCACUUUUCUAACUAUACCUAAUUCAAUUCCAUGCAUUUUUUUAAAAUUCAAGGGUUGCUAAGAAUGGACAAUUUUAAUUUUCAGAAGAAGAGAGAGCGUGUAAUAUAUAAUAUUCUAAAAUAGAAACAAUUUUUAAUCCACUUGGAUCUGUUAAUGUUUUCAUGCCCUGUUAUUGAAAUUCAAUUCCAUCUUAAAUAUUAAAUUUUUCAAAUCAGAUUUCUUAUAUAUUCCUUGAAUAUUUUGUGCAAUUGUUCAUUAUGGUUAGUUCUUUAUAUUUCGCGUUUUACGGGAUAUACUGCGCCGUUUUACAACAUGUAAAAAGGAAGAAUACUUCAUGAUAUAUUCUCGGUAAUCUGGAGGAUCCCCGUGUGGACAAAGGUUAUUAAAUUCCAAAAUUGAAAAUCUUGCAGUGCUUUUUUUCAACAAUUUACUCUUCUUGGUAGACUCUGUUUAAUUGUGUACAAUAAAAUUUAGUUUCAUUUGUUUUCAACAUAUUAAAAAAAUUUAAUUAUAUAUAACUGGAUUUUUGAAGUAGAGUUCAAUGUGAUUAAAUUAUAAUAUAAUACUCUGCAGAAAAUAAAAAAAAAAAAAUUGUGUAAUUGAGUUAAAGGAUUAUUUUCCUUUCUAAAUUACACUCGGAAAAAUAAUUACCAAAAAGUUAAUUGUAAAUUGAUUCCUAAAAUUUGCUCCAAAAUAACUGUAAAUUUAUUAUGAAGAGAAAGGUACUGCUUUUAAAAUUAUAAUAAGGCAUUGUGAACAUAUAAAAUUGUAAAAAUUUGGAAUUAAAUCCGACCGUGACGUGAUAUUAUACCGUUGAUACGACAUUGAAUUAAAUAAACUUGAA